AUGCUAACUCCAGCUUUUGAGCUGACCCAGGAUCCGGAUUUUCUUACAAUAAUAAUCAAAGUACCUUAUGCCAGAGCUUCAGAGUUCGAUGUGUAUUUUGAAGGGGAAGAUUUUAAAUUUUAUGCUAAGCCGUACUUUCUCAGAUUGACACUUCCUGGAAGAGUUGUUGAAGAUGGCAGAGAAAAAGCAUCUUAUAAUACAGACAAAGGAACUUUGACAAUUUGGUUACCUAAGGAGAUUCCUGGCCAAUAUUUUGAGGGAUUGGACAUGCUGACAUCUCUUUUAGCACCAAAGAAAUCACGAUCAGCAAAACCUUUAGUAGAAGAGAUAGCUGCCUCUGCUGAGUUGUUGGAGGAGGAGGAGGAAGAAGAAGAGUUUGACUGGGAAAUAGAGCAGACCCCUUAUGAAGAAAGUGCAGAAAGCACUCUAUCACCACAGUACCGUUAUGGUUUUGGGAAUUUGCGGUCAGGGGUGUUCCAGAGGCUGCAGGAUGAACUCAGUGAUGUUAUUGACAUUAAGGAUCCAGAUCAAACUCCUGUAGAUGAACGCAGGAGGAAACGCCUGGCAGCUGAGGCUGCCAAAUUUGAGCCUGAUCAUUACCUAGCUGAUUUUUUUGAAGAUGAAGCUAUUCAGCAUGUCUUAAAGUACAAACCAUGGUGGGUUGAUGCUCAUAAAAAAAUGAUAGCCUUGCGGGGAGAAAGUCAUCAGGAACAUGACACUCAUACAUUUGUUGUCUUCUCUGAAGAAGAGAGAGAGCAGCUGAGAAAGUUCACAAAUAAAUCUUAUCUUCUGGAUAAAAGAAGCCGCCAUCAUGUAUAUCUUGGUUUAAUUGAUAUUCUUCUGGCGUAUUGCUAUGAAAUAUGUGUCAAUGAAGGAGACAAAAAUGUUGAAUCAUCUUGGAAUGUCAGGAAACUGAGUGCAACAUUGUGCUGGCUGGAGAGUUUCACUAGCAUUCAUGACGUCCUGGUAUCUUUUGGAAGAAGGGUGCUGUGCUAUCCCCUACACAGACAUUUUGGAUUAGUGACACGUGCCUUCAAUGAUACAGUCAUGAUACUGCAACUAGGAAAAGCUGCUGUUUUGAAGUGUCUGCUGGACAUUCACAAGAUUUUUAUGGAGAACGACCCUGCCUACAUCCUUAAUGACCUCUUUAUUACCGACUAUUGCAUCUGGAUUCAAAAAACCAAGUAA